UACCUUGUGAGCCACGUUUCUAGCCUUAAUUUCAUUCCAAAAACCUGUAUUUAAAGCCCUAUGUUUUAAAGAACACACCUUUUUUUUUUUUCUUAACAACAUCUUUGAAUCUCUCCCUUUUAAAACCUCUUCUCACUUCCUUCAUAUCUUUCCCUUUCCUUUCUGGGUUCUGUUAAGUCCUUAUUGAUUUUGAGAAAUUUGGUUUAUUGAUCAAUUUUCUGUCUCAAAGUUUUGAACUUUAACGCUUAUUUGAGAAAACCCAUUUCAGAAAUUAGUGAAAAAAGAAAGAAAGGAAGGCUUUUUAGAAAAAGAAAAUCAAAGAAAAAUGGAAAAUAAAUCAGGGGUUUGUAAAGAAGAUCAUGAGUUGAUGGAAUUACCACCUGGAUUUCGAUUUCACCCAACUGAUGAAGAACUCAUAUCUCACUACUUAUCUCCCAAAGUUCUCAACAAUCGAUUCUCAGCUAGAGCUAUUGGUGAGGUUGAUUUGAACAAGUGUGAGCCAUGGGAUUUGCCUUGGAGAGCUAAAAUGGGUGAAAAAGAAUGGUACUUUUUCUGUCAAAGGGAUAGAAAAUACCCAACUGGUUUAAGAACCAAUAGAGCUACAGAAGCAGGGUAUUGGAAAGCCACAGGAAAAGAUAAAGAAAUUUUCAAAGGAAAAACACUUGUUGGGAUGAAGAAAACUCUUGUUUUCUACAAAGGAAGAGCCCCAAAAGGAGAAAAAUCCAAUUGGGUUAUGCACGAAUAUAGAUUAGAAGGAAAAUACUCUGUUUAUAAUCUCUCAAGAGAAACUAAGAAUGAGUGGGUGAUUUGCAGAAUCUUUCAAAAGAGUUGUGGUGGUAAAAAAACUCAUAUUUCAGGGUUGGUGAGACUAAGCUCUUAUGGUUCUUUACUACCUCCAUUAAUGGAGUCAUCUCCUCCAUAUAACAACGACCCAAGAACCACCACAGUCACUAAUACAAGUAGUAACAACAGUACUGCAACUCACGUGACCUGCUUCUCCGAUCCAAUGGAGGAUCAGAAAAGUCAACAACAUCAAACCAUGAAUAACAACAAUAUUCAAAGCUUCAACAAUCAUCAUCAUCAUCAUCAGAACUCUCUCUUCUCACAUAAUCAAAUCAUAAUCCAAGAAAGAUUUGGGAAUUUACAAUACCCAGAUUCUCUUUUGAUGCAAGAAGACUCGAUUUUGAGUAUGUUGAUCGAGAAUAAUAAUAAUCAAGCUCCGGAAAUGAAACUAUGUCGUUCGUCCAAAACAGAGUUUGAACCAGAGUUUCGAAUAAACGACAGGUCGUUUGAUGAGCAAAACGACCCGUCGUCUUCUGUUGGUCCUGUUGACUUGGACUGUCUCUGGAAUUAUUGAAGAUAUAUGUGAACAAAAAUAUUGUUCAUUUAAAAUUAUUACUAUGUAUAGAUUUUAUUAUUGGGUCCAUAUAAUAUUUCUUGGUAAGUUUAUUUUUAUAUAUAUAGAAAAAAAAAUAAGAAAAAAAAAAGAUUAUUAUAUGUAUAAUAGGGAAUUAAUUAAUUAAUUCAUAUAUGGUUUAGGUGGUGCGUUUGUAAAAUUGGGUUGUAUACAAAAGCAUUCAUAACUUGGAAUUUGAUUACUAUUUAUAUUAAUUAAAAAUACUAAGUAAAUAUUUGCUUUGUCUA